AUGUCCGGAAUCAUCACUGCGCCGGCGUUCAACAACAUCUUCACAGCUACGAAAGACAACUCUACGAUGCAAGGAACGGUUACUGCCAUAUAUGAAAUAGGGUGUCUGAUCGGAGCUAUGUUCAUCCUCGGCGUCGGCGAUUUGUUAGGCAGACGCAAGGCUAUGAUCAUUGGAGCUGCUAUUAUGGUUCUUGGUGUCAUAAUUCAGGUUACUUGCCAGGUUGGUGCAAAUCCCAUGGCGCAGUUCAUCGUUGGACGUGUGGUGAUGGGUGUUGGAAACGGCAUAAACACAUCGACUAUUCCUACAUAUCAAGCAGAGUGCAGCAAGACUUCAAAUAGAGGACUGCUGAUCUGCAUUGAAGGUGGUGUCAUUGCCUUUGGAACUGUAGUCGCUUACUGGAUCGACUACGGGGCAUCCUACGGUCCCGAUGAUCUGACAUGGCGAUUCCCCAUUGCCUUCCAAAUUAUUUUCGCACUGGUUGUUGGCAUUCCUAUGUUCUUUCUUCCCGAGUCUCCUCGAUGGCUUCUUACCCAUGAGAGAUAUGAGGAGGCCGAGCGCGUCAUUUCAGCUCUCCGUGGCUAUGAGGUCGACAGUCGCGAGACUGCCCUGGAACGCGAUGUCAUUGUGGACAGCAUCCGUGCCUCUGGAGGUUUCGGACAGAAGAGCACACCAGUCAAGGCACUUACCACCAGUGGCAAGACGCAACAUCUGCGACGCAUGCUCUUGGGUGCAUCUUCCCAGCUUAUGCAGCAGGUCGGCGGCUGCAAUGCUGUCAUCUACUACUUCCCUAUUCUAUUCGAGCAGAGCAUUGGUCAGACUCGCAACAUGAGUUUGUUGUUGGGUGGUGUUAAUAUGAUUGUCUACGCCAUUUUCGCCACCGUUUCUUGGUUUGUUAUUGAGCGUGUUGGUCGCCGCAAGCUGUUCCUCAUCGGCACAGUCGGGCAAAUGCUCAGCAUGGUGCUCGUGUUUGCAUGCUUGAUCCCGGGAACCAAGUCAGCUGCCAAAGGCUCUGCCGUUGGUCUCUUCACAUACAUUGCUUUCUUCGGUGCUACGUGGCUGCCUUUGCCAUGGCUUUACCCCGCUGAAGUGAACCCCAUUCGUACUCGAGCGAAGGCAAACGCCGUUAGCACAUGCACGAACUGGCUCUUCAACUUCCUUAUCGUCGAAGUCGUCCCUAUCAUGGUUGACCGCCUCGGCUGGGGCACUUACCUAUUCUUCGCCGUUGCGAACGCGUGCUUUUUGCCUAUCAUCUGGUUCUUCUAUCCCGAAACUGCCAACCGAUCUCUCGAGGAGAUCGAUAUCAUCUUCGCCAAGGGACACGUUGAGAAGAUCUCCUAUGUUAAGGCCGCCGACGAAUUGCCCUAUCUUUCUCACGAAGAAGUUGAGCAAGAGGCACUCCGGUACGGACUCAUUGAGACCGCCGCACGAGGCGAAGGAGUUCCGGGUCUUCGACAGCGCCACCGCUAUGAUAGUGACGCAUCUGAGAAGCCAGAGGAGGAUCAGCAGACAGUGAACGGGAACUCCAGCGACGAGAUUGUCAAUGAGGGAAAUGUGGAAGCUGGGUUGGGCAAUGGGGUCAAGAGUGGUUGA